UAACUGCCCGGGCUGCAUUCAACUGCACUGCUGAGGGGAGUCUGGCUGGGAGAUGGCCACUAAGGUAGCGUGUAGGCCGGGGGACGCCAUGGAAACCUUCGGGGCGGCGGCUGCAGCUCGGGAGCACGUCCAGGCCGUCACACGGAACUAUAUCACCCAUCCCCGAAUCACCUACAGGACUGUGUGCAGUGUCAAUGGACCCUUGGUUAUUCUGGAUAAUGUAAAGUUUGCCCAAUAUGCUGAGAUCGUCAACUUCACUCUCCCAAAUGGCACUCAGAGAAGUGGGCAGGUCCUGGAGGUGGCUGGGACCAAGGCUAUUGUUCAGGUAUUUGAAGGGACUUCAGGGAUUGAUGCCCAGAGGACAACUUGUGAAUUUACUGGUGACAUCCUUCGGACUCCGGUAUCAGAAGACAUGCUAGGUCGAGUCUUCAAUGGGUCUGGCAAACCCAUUGACCAAGGGCCAGAUGUUAUGGCUGAAGACUUUCUGGACAUCAAUGGUCAGCCAAUCAACCCCCAUGACCGAAUCUACCCUGAGGAGAUGAUCCAGACGGGCAUCUCACCCAUCGACGUCAUGAACAGCAUUGCCCGUGGCCAGAAGAUCCCCAUCUUCUCUGCCGCCGGACUCCCUCACAAUGAGAUCGCGGCGCAGAUCUGCCGCCAGGCCGGGCUAGUGAAGAAGUCUAAGGAUGUCAUGGAUUAUCACGAGGACAACUUCGCCAUCGUGUUCGCAGCCAUGGGGGUCAACAUGGAGACGGCUCGAUUCUUCAAGUCCGACUUCGAGCAGAACGGCUCCAUGGGCAAUGUCUGCCUGUUCCUGAACCUGGCCAACGACCCCACUAUCGAGCGGAUCAUCACGCCCCGCCUGGCGCUGACCACGGCUGAGUUCCUGGCCUAUCAGUGUGAGAAGCAUGUGUUGGUCAUUCUGACAGAUAUGAGCUCCUAUGCAGAGGCCCUGAGAGAGGUCUCAGCUGCCAGGGAGGAGGUACCCGGCCGACGAGGUUUCCCCGGGUACAUGUACACGGAUCUGGCCACCAUCUAUGAACGGGCAGGCCGAGUGGAAGGCCGGGGAGGUUCCAUCACACAGAUCCCCAUUCUCACAAUGCCCAACGACGAUAUCACGCACCCCAUCCCGGACCUGACGGGCUUCAUUACGGAGGGACAGAUCUAUGUGGACAGACAGUUGCACAACAGACAGAUCUACCCUCCCAUCAACGUGCUUCCCUCCCUGUCGCGUCUGAUGAAGUCCGCCAUCGGGGAGGGCAUGACCAGGAAGGACCACGGGGACGUCUCCAACCAGCUGUAUGCUUGCUACGCCAUCGGGAAAGACGUCCAGGCCAUGAAGGCGGUGGUGGGGGAGGAGGCCUUGACCUCGGAGGACCUGCUCUACCUCGAGUUUCUGCAGAAGUUUGAGAAGAAUUUCAUCAACCAAGGCCCCUAUGAAAACCGCAGCGUGUUUGAGUCCCUGGACCUUGGCUGGCAGCUGCUGCGCAUCUUCCCCAAGGAGAUGCUCAAAAGGAUCCCCCAGAACAUCAUCGAGGAGUUCUACCCUCGAGACAGCUACCAUCAGGGCCUGCUCAUCAGCCCGGACUCCCCGGAUUCCUCCGAGGUGUCCGACUCGCAGCUCUAAGGCUGCCCCUGGAUCCCACCCCCAGCCCGGACUCCUGCCUCUGCCCAAGGCCCGCCCCCUCCGCUGACCUCUCCCCAGCCUCGCUCUGUCACCUCACCUGCCCUCCUUCCUCCAAAUGAGAAAACCUCCAGGCUCCAGACCCACCCUAGGCCUUUCCAAGAGUCCAGAUCACUCCAUCAAUUGCUUGGAUACUAAGAGGAAGAAGAAAAUGGAGGAGGAAAAAAUCAGCUCCCCACCCUGCUACCUUCAGCUACUUUUUCUUUAAAAUCCCAUUGCUUAAGAAGAAUACAUAGAUGUGUGUGAUUUGAUAACUAAUCAAUAAACAUUUAUUAAGCACCUA